AUUGUUGCUUUGGGUCUCAAUUCUAUCAUCGACUUGUCACAUUUUUCUACUCCUCAAAAACGCCUUUUUUCCGAUAGUGACUGGAACGUCUUGCGCAGUAAAUAUACCACGCGCUUCUCUCCUGGUAUUAAUUUAAACCACAAGCUAAAAGCAAAAAUUGCUGAGAUUGAAAUGGCCAGUAAAGAAGAAAUUGAAAAAGGCAGAUUUCUCUCCAAUCACAAAGAAUCAAAAGCGAAAAGUAAAGUUGAUUCCGAUAUCUUCAGCAUCUAUUCUCAAUACCUUGAAUUGAUGGAAUUUCGUUCCUACGUAUUCAGCAAAGAUAUCGACACUACUGAAACAGACGCUGUUGUAAAGAUUUGGUCUCCGAUGCUUGAAAGACUAUUUAGAAGAACAGAAUUGAGAACAAAGUGGGGGGAAACGGUCGGUGAUUCUGGAGAUAGCUCAGAUAAUCUAGGCUUCAAAGUCGAUCUAAGAGUGGUUAAGGAUACACUUUCGAGAAGAAAGAAGGAAGCCGAUAAGGCUAACUGUGAAAUUUCGAGAAUUGACCCUGGACUUGUAAAAAUUACAAGCGAUAGAACAAAGUUGCUAGUUGAGUCAAAAGCUGUAUUAGAUAAAAUUGCUAAAGAAGACCCAAGAAGAGCGAAAGACAUCUCAGUCCCUGCCUUACAGCUUACCGGCAAUCAUGCGGCAAAUGGACUUUAUGUUGGUGUAAUAGAGGGAUCUGCUUAUAUUGCACAACUCUCCUGGGUUUUUAUGAUGAGUCAACCUUUCUGGUUUUGGAAUAGAUCUAUAAAAAGGAUCCAAGAUAUACUUUUUCUCAUUAUUUCUUAAGUGUAUUAUUUUUGUCAAAUACCACAUAGACAACUACCAAGUUCGCAAAUGUUUCCAUUUUAAGUAAAGGUUCAAACACUAUGGCUGAUUAAAUAAGCAAUUAAAUCAUUCUGACAUAAGCUCUUGUUUAUCAGCUUUUUCAUUGUGUCAUCCUAUAAGACUCGUUCACACACUUUUUUCCCUUUUGCUUUUCCUUUAACAUACUUCU